AUGUCGCAUGAAUUCCUACGCUCUUCACCUGCAAAAGAUGAUUCAUUUAGCGACUCUAAACUGAAUCGGGCUUCCUCUAUUGUGAAAACCCCAGCAACAAAUAAGGUAACUUCAACACCGUUCAAGAAAUCAUUGUUAUCUUCGGCUAGAAAGACAUUUCCGCCACAGUCUCAGCUGCAGCAACAAGCUCCUUCAUUAUCUAUUCCACCCUCAGCAUCCAGAUUGACAAACCAAUUGACUAGUCUCACUGGAUGGACUCCGCUCAUUUCGAAAACAUACUCAAAUGAACACAUCAUUUCAUUCAACUCUACACCCAAUAAGCUAUUUAUAUCAUCAUCGUUGCUGCAAGGACAAAUACAACCACAACAGCUACUAAAUCAGCCACUUCUGCAGCUCCACAUGCAGCAGCCACCACAGCCACCACAGCCAGAUACUCAAGGUGCCAAUACCUCUACAACCUUUGCACCAACUUACAAUGCAAGCGAGUACGAGUUUCAAAACUUUGGAUUGACUCCAUUUAUAAAUCACAACUUCAACUUCAACUUUAUGAGUGCUGGUAAUUCAAUAAAUCAAGUGAACAAUAGUGUGACCCCAUUCAAUGAAAAGAUUUUCCAACAAAAUUGUGAAUUUUUCAUUGAUUCCCCACUAAGAUCAAGAUUAGGAGACAAUACAGAUGGAGGUAAUACUAGUUUCAACUUUGAAAAUUUCAGCAUUACUCCAUCAAAGUUUAGUUUGAAUACUGUGGCUAGUAGCAAGAAGGUUCUACAGGACCCAAUGAAAAGUGCCACAAAGAGAAGCAUUAACUUGGUGGAUACUCCACCCAGGGCUCCUCAUAAGUUGAGUAUCAUAACAAGAACCGAAAAUGAAAAAGAAGAAGGGAAGAGGAUUAUUAAAAAGGCUGUUUCUCCGCUUGAUGAUAAAGAUACCGAAGACGAACAGGAUAACGAAGAUGGUGAUGAAGAAGGAGAGGACGGAGCAGAAGAUGAAGAAGCGAAUGAUGAUAAACCCGAUGCCAAAUCCCCUACAGUUGCGAGUCGGAUAAAGAAAGAGUCAGUCAAGGAGAGCAAAAAAGAGACUGCUGUUGUCAAUGAGAGAGUGCCACCACAAACACCGUCCAAGUUGAAUUUGAAAAACCCAUCCAACGAACAUCAAAUGAAGUUCAAUACGCCCGCUGAUAAGCAGACUAGACCAGAGUCCCCAUCAACGAUACUAGUGACGUCUACUGAAAGACUCUCAAAUAUAAGCCUAGAUGAUGUUCUCGAUACCACAAACAAGUUGACAAAACACGACGAAAAUGACGAGGACGAGGACGAGGACGAGGACGAAGAGGAAGAGGAAGAUGACAAGGAAAAUCAACCACCACCUAGUCCCACACCGGCCAAGCUUUCAAAUCAACCAAAGAUGGGUGUAUUUACAGAAGUGAAACCAAAGAGCGUCAAGAAAAAUAUCAAGAGUCAUCACAGAUCAUCGGCAUCCACCAAUUACACUACUACUACAACGUCCUUCAAAUCGGGGUAUACAUUGACAACAACAUCUUCUGGAGACAGCUCACUGAAUUCAUCGCAGGGCAAAGAUGCUAAACAAAAAAAGGCCGAGAACAAGGCAAGAAUGCAGGCGGGAAUGAACAAAUUUCAAAUAGUGCUAAGUGAUGUCAAUUCGAUGUCAAGACGAAAAAAGAAAAAGCCCGAGAAUAAUGGCAACAUCAAUAGUGGCAGGAGUGCUAACCUCAAAACGGAACAUAAACAACCGACACUAAUCCCACUACAUCCUCCUCAAUUGCACCCUCAGCUGUCAACUAUAACAGAUAAUCAUAAUGUAACCAUUUCCUCCUCAAAAGACAACCAAAAUAAUAGCAGCAUACUAUCGCAAAAUAGUAUGAAUUCAAGCCACUUGAACUUAACUACAGAUCAUUCGUCGUUUGAAAUUGGUGGACACGGCAGUGGAGGAUAUUCUUCAACUCCGAAUUCAAAGAUGUUGUUGGACAAGAUAUUUGAAAAGCCCUCUCCCAACCAACUGGUAUUAUUCUUUCCCACUUCUCAACAAAUGCCACCACCAGUACAGCAGCAGCAGCAAGUAGGGGUGCAUACCCAAUUUCCGCAACCGAUUCCGAUGCCACCACCUCCAUCUGCAGGUUCAAGUGCAAAUACUGGACUAGUAAAUGGGAAAGUGCAGGCAUCAGCAUCAGUCCCUCCUUCAAGCACGUCAUCUCAAAUGAAUAAAGGAGCUGGAGCCACAUUUGCUCAAUACCCAGUGAUGUCAAUGAUGUCAACUCCACAGCACUCGCAUAUCUACAAUAUGGCUGACAUGGUGCCCAGUGGGCCACAACAACAGCAGCAGCUACAUCAGGCUAUGUCAAUGUCUGUCCCGGCAACGGGAUCCACAAACUUGAUGCAAAUUCCAUCACCUUGGAACAUCACUUUUGGCACACCACUGGGAUUCUCUACUUUUUUCAACAAUUUGCCAAUGACCCAGUCUGCAAGUGUGCCUGCUCCUACGAGUAAUGGUGUAGCUAUGGAUUUGAGCGUGGGCACAGAUGUGGCAGCUGCUGGUAACAGAUCAUCCAGUGCAAGUACUACGGCCGCUGCUAUAGCUGCUGUUGCAGCAGCCUCGUCAAACAACGAAGAAAGACCCCACUAG